CCAAUAAUGGUUCCUUCUCAGUGGUGAGUGCUUGGAACCUAUUGAGACAUUCUAGAGCUGAGAAUUCUUUUAUCAGUAAGGUUUGGCAUAAAGCCUUACCUUUCAAGAUGUCCUUUAUUUCUUGGAGGAUCCUUCUUAGGAAGAUUUCAACAGAUGACAACAUCCAAAAAUUUGGCAUCAGGAGCAAUCUUAAAUGCCAUUGUUGCGGAAUCCACACAUGCACGAAACCACUCAACACUUAUUUUUAAAUGGCACGUUAGCCCUUGCUGCUUGGAAACACUUCGGAUCAUUAAUGGGUAUUUCAGGAUAGUUUACUGGAACAAACCAGCCUCCAACUUCUUCAAGCUAAAUAGUGAUGGGAGCCUGAGAAAUGGAUCAUGUGGGGGAGGAGGAAUCAUCAAAGACGCACAAGGGAAAAUGAUAAUGGCUUACUCCAUUCACUUUAAUAAUGGAACUAGCAACAGCGCUGAAGCAAAGGCUCUUUUAUUUGGAAUUCAAUGGUGCAUUCAGCACAACUUCACUAACAUUGAGCUGGAAACAGAUUCCAUCCUUUUACUUUCUUGGGUUAAGCAAAUUUUCAAGAUUCCUUGGCAGAUUGAGGGAACCAUCAGGGACAUUAGAAGGAAACUGCAACAUGGUCUAUCCAACACUGCUAUCGUGAAGCUAAUAAGGUAUCCGAUUUGCUAGCUGCAAUGAGCCACAAGCACCGAGGCAUCAAAAUAUUCUCCUAUUUCGAAGAUCUUCCUACUCAAAUUAGAGGACAUAUCAACUUGGAUAAGUGUGAAACUCCUAAUUUCAGGAUUAGGAACAAAAAAUUCAAAGAUAUCACUUUUAAUGAUGUGGUACCUGAUGUAUAGUCUAACCUCGAUCUUUUGGGAGCUAAACUGGGAACAUGAGAUUCACUCUCUCACCAUCUCUAUAGUGACCUAUGGUCCUAAUUUGUGUAAAUCUUUUAAUUUUAGACCUUGGAGAACAAGGAUAGAAGCAAUGGGUAUGCCCAAAGCUUUAGAAACUUAUACUGAGGUUAGGCACUUCAUACCUCGAGUGCAUGUAUUCUCCUUUUGGUUAUUAAUAUACAAGGUAGGGGUGAAGCCUAACCCCCCACCAUGAAGGUGGCUUUAAUAAAAAAAAAAA